CUACUACCCAUGUUCUGGACCAUGCACUCAGUCCCAUAAAGUAACCAGGCUCAGAGCCCGUGUCUUCCAAGGCUCUUCCACUAUGUCUUUACUUUCUCUUCCGGCUUUUGCUUACCGUUGCCCUCUCAGCUUUCCACAAUAAUACAUUGUAUUUGCUCAGCCAUGCAUCAUCCAUUCGGGCUCGAUUUCAAGGACGCAAGUCUUGCGACAAUCUUCGCCACGUGCGUCUCAUGCUUCGAAUACGCCUUAGCCGGACAACCUGCCGGUCAAGCGGCCCUAAAGCUCAGCAUCGCUAGGCUUCGCCUUACCCGUUGGGGCGAGGCGGUCGGCAUCUACCACGAUGGAAACCUUGGAGAACCUGAAGCUGACCCUGACGACCUCAAGGCAGUUGAAGCUGCCUUGGUUCAACUCAUCGGCCGGUUCGAAGUCUUGGCUACGACCAAUUCCAACGACAAGUCGAUAUUAGGCUCCGUCUUCAACCAAGCCAGGCGUUCGGGGCAGCCUCUAGGCCCUCUGCUCAAGAAGCUUGACGAGAUCGCAUGCAGCCGGGGCGAUCGGCAGCAGAACCCUGGCCUUCUCGAGAACACCCGCGUGCUGAAACUCGGCGAGCGGACCGACUUGCUGGUUCAAGAUAGUUCAGAGUGCGCUGACACGCUUGAGGAGGCUUUCCCGCCCAACGGCCUGCGGCAGCUUAGCCGGGAGGAAAUGGCGGGAAUCACGGACCCGAGGAGCUUGCAUGUUCUACGGGUGGCAGCGAGCGGUAUUGACCAUUGGAUAUCGCCUCGUGCCGGGAAUGCGAUUCGUAUAUAUGGUGAGCAGAACCUCGGUUUGCAGGUUGGUCAGCUCGUUGGAGGGAUCAGUGGUUCGAUGAGGUUCACUCUUGGUGAUUGAUGGGUGCUCAAAGAUUGAGAGACGGUUGUAGUCUUGUAGAGGUGUGCGGGCUGGGCAGGGCAGUGUAUAGUAGGCGAGUUCAGGAGAGUGGUAUCAUAGAACGAAGAAGGAUGUAUUUUGAUUGAAUAUAAUUAGCUACCUCUUCGUA